AUGAACUGUUUUGAUGUAAAUGACCAAAGAGGUGCACACGAACCAGUUAAUAAAAAGAAACCUGACAUUAUCCAAGGAAUAAAAAAACACAUCGAAUCAUUUCCUUGUAUGGAAGCCCAUUAUAGUAGAAAAGACACCAAACGUAGGUAUUUAGAUAAAAAUCUUAAUAUUCGAAGGAUGUAUUUAUUGUACAAAGAUGAGUGUUUAAAAAAUGGUUCUGAGCCAGCUUCUGAAAUAACAUACCGUAGAAUAUUUUCAAAAGAGUAUAAUCUGAGUUUUUUCGUGCCCAGGAAAGAUCAAUGCUUAAUAUGCACUAAUUAUGCUAAAGCAGAUACAGAGAAAAAAAGAGAACUUGAAGAUGACUACCUAGCUCACCAAGAAAGAAAGAAAAUUUGCAAUCGAGAAAAAGAGAAGGAUAAAGUUAGAUCAAACACAGAUGAGCAUUUUAGCUCUGUAACAUUUGAUUUGCAAGCAGUACUUCAAAUACCUGCCAGCGACGUAGGUCUGCUCUAUUAUUCAAGAAAGUUGUGUGUAUACAACCUCACCAUCCACGAAGCAACCCUACCUAAUAAUGCUUUUUGUUUUACAUGGUCAGAGGUAAAUGGAAGGAAAGGCAGUUCUGAAAUUGGAACCAUAUUAUUACACUACCUUUUAAAUUGUGUCUGUGAUAAUGUUACAGAAAUUAGCUUAUUUUCAGACACUUGUGGUGGCCAAAACCGAAACCAAUUUGUGGCUGCUUUGCUUCUUUGGGCAGUCCAAAAAAUUGACCACCUUAAAGUCAUAGAACAAAAGUUUUUAGAAUCUGGGCACACGCAAAUGGAAGCAGAUUCUAUGCACUCAAAAAAUAUCUAUUCAAAAAAUACCUCUGUUUUUUCCAUGAUGGAAUGGAUUUCUAUUUUCAAACGUGCUAGACACAGGCAAAGUAUUAAAAUUGAUGGUAAGAAAAUGACAAGAGAAGCAUACCAUGUAAAAGAAUUUAAGUAUGAUGAGUUCCUUGACCUGAAGCACCUUGCAGGUGAGAUUAUGAAAAAUAGAACGAAAGAUGAGAAAGGAAAACAAGUUCAAUGGUUGAAAAUAAAGCGGAUAAAAUAUCUUAAAGGGGAGGACAGAAAAAUUUAUUUCAACUAUGACAUGAGCGACAAAUUUAACGUAAUGGAUAUUGGAGACAAUCCAUCAACUUUCCAAUUAGAUGGGCGCGCAGAAUCACAACUAUUCAACAAGGAAGAAGAAACGACUUACUGA